UUUAUGUUAAUUCUUGUGGCAGUGUUCGAUUGAGGUUGAAUAAUGUGCAAUAUUCUCACCUGAUAGGUCACCAUGAUAUUUGUAUCGAAAUUAUUGCUAAUACUGCUGUUCAGCUGUUGCAUGUGUGGACCUGAUAUAUUCAAGUUCACAUCACAACCUGUGUCACAAACUGUUAAUUCUGGUGGAUCUGUUACUCUGUCCUGUGUAGCUAUUGGAAGAACUGGCAUAACAUACUCCUGGUACAAGCUAGGUACAGCUUUCAACACACCUCCUGGUAACACAGACCUGAUUAGUGGAGCUACAGGAACAGAGUAUGAAGUAGACGCAGCUGAUGUUGAUGAGAGUGGAGAGGAUAAUUUGUUCCAGUGUAAAGCUACUUAUGGAGACGAUAUUAUUCUCAGUGAUGUUGCAACAGUCAAAUAUACCUUGCCAGACAAUAUUGAAUACGAUAGUACUGGAAAGAGCUACUUAGACCAGGUGGUAACAACAUCAGAUGAUGAACUUGAAGAAGGGGUUUAUUUAUUCAGGUUACAAUGUAAUCCAAACGAAGAUGAUUUUGAUACGUCUAUAGUUAAUGGAGAACCUUACGAUGUACAGUGGUUUAAAGAAGGAGAAUCGGGUAGAGUGGAGGAUAACCAUGAUAAUAUGUGGACUUACUACAACCCCACUCAUUUUGACAGUUAUGAAUUUGAAAUUGCUGGGGAUUAUGAAAUGAGACUGAGCACAGUUGAUCGUUAUGAUCUGAUAAUUGUUAGUGUACGAACAAGUGAUAAAGGGAAAUAUUCAUGUAAGGCAGUGUCUAGAGUCAACAAACAAGAAGUUCUCUUGGGGUCAACAGUCCUUAAAGUUUCUAUAGAGAGGGAUUAUUCGGUCAAGCCACUAGAUAUAAUAACUGGAUACAUGGUGCUUUCUGUAGAUGAUACUGGGAAGCUCAAAUCUAACCCCAAUGUUGGUGACAAGGUGUUACUGAUGUGUGGAGCUGCAUGUAGGACGUCCGGUGGUAGCUACGAUGCUCAAUACCAGUGGAAAGACAGCAUAAAAAACCUUAUAGCAGACACAAGGGAACAUAUUGUUACAAUCGACUCUGUUGGCACAGCUACUUUUACGUGUGAGAUUCUUGAUUCAGAGUGUAAUUCUGAUGUCUCGUCGGAGGAUGUCAAAUUAAUUAGCUAUCUUGCUAAGAUUAACCCUAUGCUCCUAUUCAAAUUCUCAAAGUCUCCUCCUGACUACAUGUGGUAUGACACCUCUGAUAACACGAAGUCUCACACUAAGUUCGAAAUAGGAUGUGAGGGGUCGCUAAGUUCUGGAAACACUGUGUUUUUUAGUACAGUGUAUAAAAUGCCCGAUCAAUUGACUGGUAAAUCAGCCACUGAAGUAUAUGAUUUCGGCCCAAGUAUUACAUCUGAUAAAAGUGGAGUGUAUGAAUGUGGGAUGUCUAAUACUCCAAACAAAGUGUUGUGGUAUCAGAAGACGACAAACGUUGUCAUUGCUGCCCGACCUACUGCAGCAAUCACUCCAACAACUGUUACUGUACAAGGCGAUACUACAGCUACAAUUACAUGUACUGUGGGUGGAUAUCCUAUAGAAUCUGUAACUAUCAGUGGACCAAACUUUCUGAGUUUUGAUUGUUUGACUUCAAGCUCUAGUGGGGAUGUUACAUGCAGUUCUAAUGAUAAGAUAAACUAUGUGGUUAAUGUAAAUAACUUUAAGUUGGAAUAUGCAGGAGAUUACAAAUGCACUGUCGGAACUAAAUGGUAUAAAAUCACUACUGAUAGUGCAUCAGCUAUAGUGAACUCAGCUUUUGACGACGUUACCUUAUCAUACGAAAGUACAACAGAACUUACAGCUAGCGAUAACCCUGCUAAUAAAGGAAGUUCAGUCACGCUAACCUGCGUUGUUAAAGGAGACCCUGAACCCAGUGAACCUGUAUUAACAAAAACAGUCGACAGUUCAGCUUCAACUAUUGCGAUGACCUGCUCUGGAACUACUACUAAAACUUGCAAAAAAGUCUUUUCCGCUGCAUCAUACACGGAUUCUGGAUUGUAUACAUGCAAUGGGAAAAACGUUAUCAAUACAGUUAAUAAACUAUCUUCUGAUUCGGUCAGCUUGAAAAUAGUGGGAAAUGCAGACGCCACAUUAACUCAGGCACCAGUCGAAUCAGAACUUCUAAAAGGAUCCUCUGUCACUUUCACAUGCAAAGUAGAAGGAAAUCCUCUACCAACGAAACUUAUCUUCAAAAAGGGGACUCAGGUCUUAAAAUCUUAUCCCAGUGGCAGUGACACCGAUGUAGACAAAGAAACUUACCACAUCUCGUACGAGAACACAUUUAAUCCUCUGGAAUUGCUUAACACUGGCGACUAUUCUUGUGAAGGAGAAAAUGACAACGGUGGCACACAACCGGAUAUUGACACCAAAACUCUGACUGUAGUGUCUGAUGUAACUGUCUCCCUCUCAGCCAGUACUGAUAAACCAUCUUUUGGGGAUGCAUUUACUAUAACCUGUACAGCAACUGGAGGAAGAAAACCCCACAGUGUUACUCUCGUACAUGAAGGUACUGCAAUCUCUACUGGAGCGUUCCCCUGUACUGAUGACGGAGACUAUUCCAAGAAAUGCACAUAUACACACACUGUUAACGAUUACUCCGCUGGAGGUACAUACACUUGCACUGGAUUGAACAAAGUAGCGGGAAAUGCAGUGCGAACAGAUUCCAAAUCUGUUAAAAUAUUUGUAUCUAAGACUGUUGUUGUGUCCCUUACUCCUGCAAGUGAAACAGAAAUAACCUAUGGGUCUGCAUACACUAUUACAUGUAAUGUCGAAGGAGGCGAUAAACCUCACAAAGUAACUCUCAAUAUUCCGGACAGUAGCACCAACUUGACUUGGCAGCGAGGCAGUUCAGGAAAUUCAUUGAUGUGUACUGGAGAAUUUAAUCUAGUUUGCAAGUAUGAGAUGUCCAGUCCAGUCUAUUCCAACGAAGGGCAGUACAGUUGCACCGGUUUUAAUAAACUCCCUGGUGAAACCAAUGAGAGGAGUAGUUUGGCGACUGGGUCGUUAGUUGUUGUUAAAAACGUGGAGUUGCAGCUAACAGAUACUAUAACAUCGAAUUUAGACGAAGUUUAUUAUGGAAACGAAUUCAAAAUAACUUGUGUCGCAGAAGGUGGCAGGAUUCCAUUCUAUCUUGAGCUAAUUCAGACUCCUUUCGGCAGUUCAACGCCUAAAGACCUUGUUUUAUAUGACACCACAGCAUCAAAGACUCCAGACUCUGUUACAGUGGAUAUUGGUGGAAAUACCUUAACGUAUGUUAGCAGUGUUACAAGCUCCGGUUAUGAUGAUAUUGGAACCUACAAGUGUUUAUCCAAGAAUAAAGCUGAUUUGAUGGCAGAACAAGACGCUGAAGAUGAGCUGGACAUCAUAGUGGUGUUGUGA